AUGUCCCCUUUCUCGAGCCCGGCCGUUCCUGUCCAAAGAGAUCACCGGACUUUGCCGGCCGGCCACCCCCAGAGUGCCGCGGAACUAGGAGUGCUGCCAACAUCCCCAGACCCUCCCCCUGUAAAAAAUAAUGAUGAGGACGACGGCAGUAUUUCCUCAGUAUAUCUACAAAGCCCAUCUGCAGGAAAUUCUAUUGAAAUUAAUACUUUUAGUAAUAUAGAAAGAAACUCUAAUAGUUUCUUACAUGGCUCACACCAUUUAGAAGAUAGUAUCAAUGAUCUGAUUAUCCUUAAUACUACAACUACAACACCCAGUUAUAUAACUAAUGUUAUAGAUACUGGUUCAAACAGCCACCAGCAAAAGAAGUAUAAUACUGGCAGUAAGUACUGA